ACCUUCCUUCAAAAGUUGCAGAACGACAACACAGUAGAAGUGACCAGCCGCAGCGAACCAAAGAAGAGUGCAACGACCACAAAGCCGUUAUUCAUUGCAUAAACCCCUAAUUCCUUUCUUUGCUUCCAAUUCCCAAUGGCCAACGACUCGUCGUUUUUGUUCUCUGGCAUUCGUUUCGAUAGAAAGAAGUUCGGCUCCGACAUUGCGAGGUUCCAGAAAAAAGAUAGCGAUACCGAUUCCGCGAAGAUUUGGAGCGCCACAGAAGACGAAAGCGUGACAACGAUAGAAACAGCGGAAAAGAGAACAACGUCUACGAAGAAGAGGAAGCGCAAGGGAACAAAAGAAGCGGUUGAAGGAUUCAGCGUGUUCAGAAAUUCGACGUCUGUGGCGCAGUCGAAUGAUGAAGUUCGAGCUGAAGAGGAGUCCGUUGAGCUGAAUAAGAAGGAGCACAAUAGGCAACUCGAGCGCGAUGCUAUAUUCAGGAAGAAGCACAACCUUCAUGUCUCUGGUUAUAACGUGCCGUCUCCGCUUCAAAGCUUUGAUGAGUUGAAAUCUAGAUAUAACUGUCCUUCAUAUUUGUUGCGCAAUCUGAAGGAACUUGGAUUCAAAGAACCAACGCCUAUCCAAAGGCAGGCUAUGCCAGUACUUUUACAAGGUCGUGAAUGCUUUGCUUGUGCACCAACUGGCUCUGGGAAAACCCUUGCGUUCGUUUGUCCAAUGCUUAUAAAUCUCAAGACUCCAGAAAAAGAUGGGAUUCGAGCUGUUAUCCUUUGUCCUACUCGUGAAUUAACUGCUCAAACAUAUCGAGAGUGCAAAAAGCUUUCCAAGAGAAAAAAAUUUCGUAUCAAGUUAAUGACUAAACAUCUUUCAAGAAAUGCUGAUUUUUCAAAAUUUCCAUGUGAUAUACUGAUAACCACACCACUUCGAUUACGCUUGGCUAUCAAGAGGAAGAAGGUUGAUCUCAGCAGAGUUGAGUAUCUUGUCCUUGAUGAAUCGGAUAAGCUAUUUGAACCUGAAUUAUUCAAGCAGAUUGAUUCUGUUAUCAAGGCAUGCUCAAAUCCCUCCAUAAUACGCUCAUUGUUCAGUGCUACUUUACCUGAUUUUGUUGAAGAUCGAGCUCGAGAACUUAUGCAUGAUGCUGUUCGUGUAAUUGUUGGCAGGAAGAAUAUGGCUUCAGAAACAAUAAAGCAAAAAUUGGUUUUUACUGGAAGUGAAGAAGGAAAACUUCUGGCAAUUCGUCAAAGCUUUGCAGAGAGUCUAAAUCCUCCGGUAUUGGUCUUUCUCCAAAGCAAGGAGCGAGCCAAGGAGCUGUAUGGUGAACUUGCAUUUGACAACAUUCGAGUUGAUGUCAUCCAUUCUGAUUUGACUCAAGAAGAGCGAGAAAAUGCUGUUGAUAACUUCAGAGCUGGAAAAACAUGGGUUUUAAUUGCUACCGAUGUAGUUGCCCGGGGCAUGGAUUUCAAAGGUGUGAACUGUGUGAUCAAUUAUGAUUUCCCAGAUUCAGCUGCUGCAUAUGUCCACAGAAUUGGUCGUUCUGGCAGAGCAGGGAGGACUGGAGAAGCGAUUACUUUUUACACAGAGGAAGACAUUCCAUUCCUAAAGAAUGUUGCUAAUCUUAUGGCAGCAUCGGGAUGUGAGGUUCCAUCCUGGCUCAUGGAGUUGCGCAAAAAGAAGUGGAAGAAACACCGGCCCAAAAGAGAAUCAAUCUCAACAAAACCCGACUUAUAAAAGCACAGAAUGGGAAAAUUUUUUAACCCUGAAAUUUACGGUAGUGUUUAUUUCUUAAUAGGCCAGACAACCUAGUGUCAAGUAAGAUUUCUUCGUUGCCCUUCCCCAAAAUUUAAACACUAUGGGAAGGGAGUGGGGUGGCACUGUUGCCUAAAGUUUAAACCAUGAUUGUCGCCUCAUCAUAUACAGCAUCAUAAUGCCCUCAUUGUAGUCAUCCCAACCCAAGUGUAAUAUCGUAUGAAAUAGAAUUUUUGUGCCUCGCCUUGUAGUCAACUUCUAAUUUCUUUGACCCCUAGACACUAGAAUUGUCUGGUUUGAUAGACUUUUAAGAAAUUCCUUUUCACUAAAUGUCUUUAUUUUUAUUUUUUUAUUGCGAUGGGUGAUACGGAUCAUUUUAUUUU